AUGAAUUCCACUGUUUUUCAUGCCAGCCCCAUCAAAGAUGGUAGGCGAAUUCUCGGGGAAAAGACCGUCAACGCGUGUCUGUCCCCCCGGCACGUCUCGCCGGUCAAACACGCUUUACUUGAUCCCUCCUCGCCCAGGAAACAAUUGCUUCCUUCGCCGUCCUUCGUCGGUCAGAAACGCUCGAUUGAUCGGGUGGAACGUGAGGUCUCGGGAGAUCAAAGCCGCGUCUCUGUCUACCAUGGAGCAGCUACGGUCCAGACAGCUGGUCGGCCUUCCUCUUCAUCUCGCAAACAUACAGACACAUUGAUGCAUUCGCCGGUUCGAGCUACUGCAUCUCAAAAAUUCAAUCCACAAUCACAAGAACCAAAGCAACUUACACAGUCUCAUAAAUCCGAGGAUACCAGUGAUCCGUCCUUGGAAUCAGGGCCAAUGACGUGUAUUAUCCCAGACGACCCGGACACACGUAAAUUGUUUAUCCAACGGAAAGCAAUUCUUCUCCGGAACAGGAUACAAAGCGCCAUGCGUCGUGUUCAAGAUCCCCAAUUCGAUCGCCGACUCUCUGAGCUAGAAGCCCACCGUCGGAAGCUUCCCCGACUGUCACUGCCUGAAGCCUCGACCCUGAAGCCCCAAGACAAAGAAACCAUUGCCUCUCCGUCCUCCACUCCUCGAGCUCUUCCACCCUCCCGUGCACCCAACCAGCCCUCCGAGUCCACUGCUCCAGUCUCAGGACUGUCGUCACCUCCAUCAUCAGUGGGAAACGCCCACUCCCAGGAUGACCCUAUGAAAACCCCGACGCAGACAAGCCACCGUCGCACAUACACCGCAGGGUCUCCCAUGCAGCUAAGCAGCCCUCCCGCGACUGUCUCGCGGAGGGAUGAGUGCUUGCGGACCCCGACUGCGGCGGCGGACGCGAGCCCGCAAGACGACUCUGCGACGGACAAGCGGCUGGUCACCCCGGCUCAAAGGGGAGACGCCGUGGAUGGACUGCUCAAGCUCAUGAACACGGGAGAGAAAUGCAAAGAUUCAAGUCCCUGGACGGGCUCUGCUAAUUCCGGCUAA